AUGUUGACUCCUAUUUACUUUUCUCUAUUUCAAAGAUGGUCACAAAUAGCUGGACGUUUGCCUGGACGUACUGAUAAUGAAAUCAAGAAUUUCUGGAAUUCGACAUUGAAAAAAAGGCUAAAGAACUCAUCAUCUUCCUCUACACCAUCACCAAAUGCAAGUGAUUCAUCCUCAGAACCAUGCAAAGAUCUCAACAUGGGAGUCAAUCAAGGUUUCAUGUCAAUGGAAAAGCAUAAACUAAUGGCCAUGUACAUGGACUCAACGUCGUCUUCUUCCUCCUCGAUGGCUCUAAACACCAUUAUCGAUCCUUUGCCCACGCUCGAGCACAGUCUAAUGAACAUGCCUAGUAGAUUUGGUGCACCUUCAUACUUGACUACACAACCAUGCAUGGCACAAGGAGGGAAUGUUACUAAUGGAAGUCUUUUCUAUGGGAAUAAUCAUGGGAUAUUUGGAGGAAAUCUUGGAAUUGAAGGAGAGAUCUAUGUUCCACCAUUGGAGAGUGUAAGUAUUGAAUAUCAAAAUGUUGAAGUUGGGAAUAUAGUUGAAAGGAGGAGCCAAAACAAUAACCCUAAUAACAAUAUGACCAACUUGACUAGCCAUUUCAAUAGUAGUAGUAAUAUCAAAGUAGAGAAUUUUGGAGGAAUAGGGAAUUAUUGGGAAGGAGAUGAUCUAAAAGUUGGAGAGUGGGACUUGGAGGAAUUAAUGAAGGAUGUUUCACCUUUCCCUUUUCUUGAUUUCCAAAUUGAAUAA